CAGGGAGGGAACUGCCUGGAGUUCGGAGACAACAAACUGACUGAGGGAGGAUGUGGAGAAAGAGGGGGAAAGAAGUGCCCUUGCCCCUGCCAACAUGGGAAGGAGACCCUAGAGACAACAGAUCCGGGGAAACUGAGCCGCCAGCUGAGUCCUCAGAGCAUCAACACGGUGGUGGCCUUCUCCGUCCUGUCCCCGGAGAUUAAACAGGCCAUCGAGAGCGUCAAGUACAUCGCCGAGAACAUGAGGAGCCGCAACAAGGCCAAAGAGGUGGAGGAUGAUUGGAAGUACGUUGCCAUGGUGAUAGACAGAAUCUUCCUGUGGGUGUUUGUGACAGUGUGCAUCCUCGGAACCCUCGGCCUCUUCCUGCAGCCUGUCAUUGGCUUCCUGUCAUAACCCAGAACCAAUAAGGGCUCACUGACACCACCGGCUGCCUCCACGUGUCGACCAGUCACCAACCAGUGUUGUCAGUCCAUCGCCACCAAAUGGACUUGUUGGCUUUGUGUUGAAAAUUCUAAAUAAAUAAAUGACACAAUCAUACGGUAUAUAUUGUAGACAGCAAGAACCAAUCAACAGUCACCAAUCGGAGUCGCCGGGUAUGAGUUAGAACCAAGAACCAAUCAGAGUCGCUGGAUGUGAGUCAUAACCAAUUACCAAUCACAUAAAUCAGGUUUCUGUCGUGAACCAAUCUCGGUUAUUGUGCUAUUGUGUCUCAACCAAUCAGAUUGACAUGACACAGUGCAUUCUUGUAAAAAAAACUACAACCAACCAAUCAGAAAUCCCGUUCUUGCAUGUCAGGCGAUUAAAAUCCAUCCAUGUGAUUUAGAACACGACAAUGACGCUGUUCUUAUCAAUGUUCUAGAAGGUAUAAUUGGCAAGGCCUCUGUAAAUACGUGCUGGAUUAACUUAGCCUGAACGGUUUCCAUCCAGAAAUAGCAGCUUCCUCUUCUAAACAGAUAUUAAUUAUUCUAAGGGAUUUCUAUCAUCCGAUUCCAUGACUAUUAAUUUGUUUUUUAUUCAUUCUUUUUUAUUAAAUUUCUGGAUUCAACGAUCUCCUGAAAUACAAUACGUAGAUCAUGCAUGAUGGAUUUAGAAUGGCUGCUUCCCAAUUGGCACCCUAUACCUUACAUAGUGCAUUGCUUUUGACAGAGCCCUGUGGGCAGCACUAUGGGCCCUGGUCACAAAUAGUGCACUAUAUAGGGAAUAGGGUGCCAUUUGGGAUGCUGCCAAUGGGUGACCAGGGCCACCGCAUCUAUAUAUAAUUACUAUAAGACAAUUCUAUAAUAAUUAUAAUUAUAUUACUAUACAGUACUGUCAGAUUUUAGGAUAACAGUUUUUUUUGUAUGGUUAUUGUCAUUAAUCCAACGCAUUAAGGCUUUUGGUUGUUUGUUUCAUUAGCAAUGCACACCUCGCACUCAAGUGACUGUCACUUUGGUACGUUUCAUUAGCAAUGCACACCUCGCACUCAAGUGACUGUCACUUUGGUACGUUUCAUUAGCAAUGCACACCUCGCACUCAAGUGACUGUCACUUUGGUACGUUUCAUUAGCAAUGCACACCUCGCACUCAAGUGACUGUCACUUUGGUACCGAUGUCUCCUGCUUUCUGUAUAGUAUGGAUGCACUACUUUAUGGAUUUGGAAUAAAUGCAAUAUUUCUCCCAAAA